AUGACUUGUAUAAGCAUUGAUCCACGAAAUACAACAGAACCAAUGAAGUUGUGCAGCCUACCAACACGAAUUUGGGAUGAAAUCAGCGUUGAUUUCUAUGGACCCAUUCCAAACUCACACGUAUAUCUUAUGGUAGUGAUUGAUGACUACAAUAAGUAUCCGUUUGUAGAAACAUUGCAAAAUAUUACAGCCGCAACAGUCAUACCGAGGCAGAGAAAUAUUUUCUCUAUGUUUGGGACAGUAUCAGUUGUAAGAACCGAUAACGGAUCUCCAUUCCAAGGACGCGAAUUUGCCAAUUUCGCCUCAAAAAUGGGAUGUAAACACAGAUUACAUCCUGAAGCAAAUGGAAUCGCAGAACGUUUCAUGAAAACGCUGACAAAAAGUGUUCUUGCUUCACAUGUUCAAGAAAGAACUCAAUACGUUCCUAAUGAAUUAUCGUUCCGUUCCACAUAG